AUGUUGGUUCACACCUUCUUGUUGAUUUACAAGGUGGCUCCAAUUAAGUAUAUCUUUGAAAAGUCUGCUCUCUCAGGACAAGUUUCCCGUUGGCAAAUGAUUCUAACAGAAUAUGAUAUACAAUAUGUGACGCAAAAGGCCAUCAAAGGGAGUGUUUUGUCUGAUUAUCUUGCUCACCAUCCUGUGGAUGAUUAUCAACCGAUGAAGUUUGAAUUUCUGGACCAGGAUAUCAUGUGUAUCAGAAACGACUGGAUGUCGGGUCCAGAACCUGGUUCUAAGUGGACGUUUGUGUUUGAUGGUGCCUCGAAUGAGCUGGGACAUGGCAUUGGGGCAGUGAUUACCUCCCCUACGAGUUUCCAUAUUCCUUUUACGGCAAGGAUUUGUUUUGAUUGCAAUAAUAAUGUUGCCGAAUAUGAAGCCUGUAUAUUUGGAAUCCAAGUCGCGAUUAACUUGAGGAUUAAGAUCCUAAAAGUGUAUGGAGAUUCAGCUCUAGUAAUUUGCCAAGUUAAUGGAGAUUGGGAAACACGUCACGAGAAUUUGAUCCCUUAUAGGGAUUAUAUCUUAGAGUUGAUCCCAUUCUUCGACAAAAUUACUUUCAAUUAUAUUCCGAGGGAAGAGAAACAAUUAGAAGAUGCUUUGGCUACCCUGUCUUCCUUGUUAAAGGUGUCUUGGACUAAUGAUGCACCUCGUAUUACAAUUGAACGAUUGGAUGAGAUAGCUCAUUAUGAAACGACAUACAGUUAUGCAAUUGAUGAGGCUGAUGAUGAGAAACCAUGGUUUUAUGAUAUUAAAAGGUACGUUGAAAGUCAAGAGUAUUCUAAAGAUGUGUCUGUGACAGACAAAAAGACUUUGAGAAAGUUGGCAACGAAGUUUUUCCUUAGUGGCAGAGUGUUGUACAAAAGGAAUUAUGAUUCUAUGUUGCUCAGAUGCGUGGAUAGACACGAAGUAGUAAAGAUCAUAGCAGAAACAUACGAAAAGGCAUUCGGUAAGCACUCUAGUGGUCACCCGAUGGUAAAGAAAAUUCUGAGAGCAGGUUAUUAUUGGUCCACUAUGGAUUCAAAUUGUUGUGAUUAUGCCAAAACUUGUCAUAAAUGUCAAGUAUAA